AUGGCACUUCCUGCAAUAGCUGUCGACGGCGCAAGCAACGCUGCGACAGCGAAUCAACGUCGAGGGGGCGCGUCCCAACUCGUCCCUGUCGUCGCAGACAUGGUCAGCUUCCUACGCAGUCUGAUAUCGCCCGACUUUCAAGGCAAACAAGCCGACAUGGUGGACUGUAUCCGGUCGUACCUGGACAAGUUGACAAUACCGGAGGCGGGUCUUGUCGGCAAGGCGACGGAUCAUCCGGGUCAGGAUCUGAGUGCGGAGGAGGAGGGAGAGCCACUACGGACGCAGAUUGACGAAUUGCUCAUGCAGAUGAGUAUUGCGGAUGAUGGACAGAACGGGCACUAUGGGUUGACCUCUUUCGUCUGGCAGACUCCGUCGGCGGAUGUACUUGAACGACUCAAGGAUCGUAUCCAGCAGCAAGAGGAUGCUCAGGCGCAUGCAUCGCCAGUGGAACAGCAGCAGGCGAAACCGCAAGAUCUCGCGGUACCGGCAGAUAGGAAUGGGGAGGUAUGGGUGACGGAUGGGCGGGUGGGACCGGACGGGGCGCCAGAUCCAAACGAGGCGGGAUCGCUGAGGGCCACAGCGGUGAUGUUGAAGAAUUGGGAGAAUUGCGACAUGGCUCUUAGCGGACAGUACUUUAACAACUUUUUGCUGAACGUGAUCUGUGCUAGCGCUGUUCGUUUCUCCGAUCAGCAUGUCUCAGAGGGGAGAGGGAGCGGGAUGAAGACCCCUCGACUACAGGGUCCAGACUUUCUGGCGCUGGCAAAAUCGCAAUUGAUGGAGGAGAUUGACAAGGGUCUGCUGAUCCUCGGUCAGAUGGAGUGUUCAGCCGGGAGGUACCCUCAGGGAUGGCUCUAUACGGGGAUGGCAUUCCGGGCUAUGAGGGACUUUGGGAUCCAUCUCAAUAUCUCCCGCCUACCCAUUUUUGGCUUUGGUACCCUCACCGUGGAGGAUAGGGAGAUUCGGCGGCGCUUAUUCUGGUAUCCCACGUUCAACGCGUUCCAGAACGUCUCGCCAGGUCCAAUCGUCGACGACACCGAGGAUGACGACGAGUGGUAUCCGUAUACCGAGGACCCCAUCUUUCGCGCCGAACUCGCCGACUAUCCCGUCCAAAAAGCUCUCACCACUUGCAAUAAUCGAUACUUUAUCAAACUCUGCGAAAUCAUCCAAAAGAUCAUCGGCAGGCUGUACAAUGGUCGACCGAAAAUGGCGCAAAGCGUCGCAUUCGCCCGCACCAUGAGCGACCGGCUCAAAGCUUGGUUUGAUGAUAUGCCAACUGCAAUCAAGCUGGAAGUCGCUCGUCUCCCACUGCACUGUCCUCCGCCCCACAUCUUCUCACUCAAUGUACUCUACCGCGCAUCCUGGAUCCUCCUUCAUCGCGUCUUCCUCUCCCACGAGCUUCCCUUCCAGUCGAACGCACCGCCAGAAGUCGCCACUCAGGCCGGUGUGAUCUGCUCCAACAUGGCCGAGGAGAUGCACCAGCUCUUUACUCUCCACAACAAAUCGUUCAAACUGCGCAAUAUGACCUACACCACCAGCUGGAGUAUGUACUCGGCUGCUCUGGUAAACGCGAUGGACUUUCGCAAUCCCGACCCGGUGGUAUCUGCUCUCGCCACCCCGAGGAUCAUGUUCAGUCUGCAUGUGCUGGAGCGAGCUAGCCUGGUGACGCCUGGCAUCAAGCGAUCUAUCGACUUGAUCAAGAAGCGUCUAGUCGAGCCGAUCCCUCCCUCCAUCAAGCGCCCCGCCGGCUCUUCCCACGCUGAGCGGUCUGAAAAGAGGCAGCUCAGCGAAUCCGCAUCAUCCCGUUCCGCAGCUCAGCCCACCCCCGGCCCCUCAAUCCCCAACGCAUAUCAAAAUGUGGUCUACGACGACCUCUCGCUCGACGCGCUCAUGUCGUCCUGGGGCCAUGUCAACGAUGGGACGGGACUGGAUCUGCUACAGGACAUGACGGCGAUGCCGAGCGUACCCACAGCGGAUACCGUGUGGCAAGGGGCGGACUGGGUGGAAGAUUUCUGGCGAUCGUGA